AUGGAUAGGGAGGCGUCGAGGCUUCAGCACCUCCCCGCACGCCACGCCGAAGCCAGGAUGGGCGGCCCUGAGGACCAAAAAAGAACAGCGGGGGAGGUUGAGCCACACCGCCGAGACAGCUGGGGAAAGGACGUUCGCGAAGGAGACCAUAGCAGCAGGGACAAAGCAGAGGAAGAGAACGAAGGAUGUAGCGUGUCGCCGCUGGAGCGACAUGAGAAGGGAUAUGAGCAGGUUGCGAAGGCCGCUUCCCAAGGCGCUCCUUCGUGUUCUUCGCCUCCUUUUUCUGAGCGGUGUGUUGGUAUGCAGCCCUCUGUGUCACCUCUCCCAGAGGCCUCGCCGCUGGCUCCAGGUCGCAGCAGAACAGCAUCUUCUGCCUCUCCGCUAUCUCGUGAUUCCGCGCCUCGCGGUCGGCCUGCUUCUGCCGCCUCUGCGUUGGCGCCCGACCUCCGUUCCUUUCGACGGGCUGCAGGCAGCUCGCUCGCUCCUUCCUCUUCACACGCCCCUACUGCGUUGUUUGUGGCCUCUCUGCGCCUGUCGUCCUCUUCUUCGGGGAAUGGCGCUUCAGACGCAGGCCUCUCGAUGGCAUAUCGGCUGCCGCCGUCCGCAGCAAAGCCGUGGGGGGAGAUAACAGAGGCGACGGGUGCUGCUGAUGCUCCUUCGGUUCCACACGGAACGUGCUGCGACGACGACACACGCCUAGGCACACGGGCGAACACGAAACAUGCAGAUGACGAAGGGGUAUCAGCUGUUGCUGUUGCUGCUUCUGCUUCUCCUGCGGACGCCAAGGAGAGCUCCUUCGUUCCGCCAGUUUUCGUCUCUCCGCCGCACUCAGUGAAAAUCCAGUGCUGCGCCGCGGCGAUUCACCAUCCGCCGGAGUUGUCGCCGCCUGUGCUCCCCGGGGAUAAAGACCUUCCUCCAGGGAGACUGAGCGACAGCCUGUCGUCCUCUCUCUCCUCUUCGGCCUUGUCCUCCUUUUCGCCUUCGUCGUCGUCACUGAGCAUCCGCUCCUGCGCCUCUCGUCUUUUUUUUCCUGCUGCACCACCCUCCUCAUCUGCUCGCUCGGUUUCUUCUGCAGCUCGUUCGGCUGAUCCUUCGGAAGCUCCUUCGGCGACAUCGCUUCAGUUUUCGUCUGCCGCAUGGCGCUCGCCCUUCCCGCCGGCUGAGGGUCCUUGGGGGGCGCAUGCGUCUGUCGCUCCCGCCCCAGACUCGCGGCGGUCUCCGGGCUCUCCUUCGCUGUCGAUCGGUCUUUCCACGCCUGUGGAGAGCGGCUACGUGCACCGCUGGCAUCCCUGCCGUGUGCCGCCGCGAAUGCCGACAGACGACUCCCAUGCGGGAGGAGUCCUUUCGUCUUUUUCGCGCCUCGAGGGCCCUCUGCUUGCCGCGGCGCCUUCGUGCCGUCGCCCAGCCGUGAGCUGCGCAUCCGAGGAAGGGCGAGCCCACGCGCCCUCUCCCUCGAAUAUCUCUCCCCGCUCGUCGCGAUCGCCGCCACGCCCCGCGCUCUCGCCGAGUUAUUUCGCGGCCCUCUCGGCGCCCUCCGUUCCGUCGCCUUCCGCUUGUCCGUCUCGCGCAGCCAGCGACCGCGUGGAAGUCUCCGCGAUGAACCCGUUGUGCUCCCCGAGCGCCUUCGGGUUCUACGAGAGUCUCACAGGCUCCAUUGCCAGCGAGGAUUGUCUUCAAAUGGUGCCUCCAGCGCUCCAGCAGGCUCCGCAUCUGCCUCCGACCCCCUUCUCGCCUCUGCCUGCCCCCUCGCCGGGCUCACGUCCUUCAUCUCCGUCGCCGUCCUCGAACGCCUCGCUCUCGCCUUUUCCUCCGUCGGCUGAGGAUGCGGCGCCAACGCGGUCUCAGGCUCGCGACGACGCCACUCCGCGUCAGUCUAGGGGGAGCUCAGAAGACCCGCACUCCCCUCCCACCCCGCCGCUCCCGCCGUCAAGCUUCGGACCAGUGUCGUCAAGCGCCUCGGCGGCCUCUCAGGCCCCUUCCGCGUGUCGUUCGCCGCAGAAGAAGCGCGCGCAGGAAGGCAGUUUUUCCGCGUUCGCCUCGACAGCUCACUUGCCGUUUCACCACUUGCUUCCGCGAAAGUUCCUGACCCGUGCUUCAGCUCCACGAGUCCACCUUGCCGCACCACUUCCUGCCUCCUCUUCGGCGCCCUCUUCGCUUCCGUCCUCUCCGCUGCCUUUGCUGUCUCCUGCCUCGUCCUCGCUCUCGUCGCCGCUGCCUUCGUCUCUGUCUUCGCUUGAGUGUCGGGCGGCGGGCGGCGCGAGUGACCGCGCGGCCUUUUCGCUGGCAUACGUCUCCGCCUCGCCGCUGAGGCACGUAGCGGUUGACAGCUCUGUGAGCGGCUCCGGCGCUUCGUCACGGUAUUGCAAAGAGGCUGACGGGGAGCAGGGGACGCACGCGUCGCUGUUCCUCUCCCAGGCCUCGCCUCCGCCAGCGAAAAACGUUCGCUUCUGCGAAGGCCGCGAAGAGUGGCUUCUCUCGGAGACCGCCUCCAUCAACAGCAUCAUUGCCUUGAGCGACGAAGGAUCCUCGUCUUUCGCGCCUCCUCUCCCACCCGGUCCAGGCGUGAGCUCUCCCUUGCAUCCCAACGCCUGCCAGGAGCUUCACGAUUCGCGCCCCAGCCUCUUUCUCUUUCCUGCCGCAUUGCAGCCGCCUACCCCCGCGUCGCCAGCCCCGCCCGCCUCUCCUUCGUCACCUCCGUCUCCUCUGUCUUCGCUGUCUGCGCCUUCGCCUGAUGAUUCUUCGCAUGCUCCUUCUCGCUCGGUUCCCUCCUUUUUGGAGACUGCGUCUGUUGGCACAGGCACAGACGCAGAGGAGAGAGACAACACUACUACGUCUCCUGCCGCGGACAGCCGAGGCCGCCGCGACGACAUGGAAAUUCGCGAGGAAGCGGAGAGAGAGCCGACUGUCGAGAGCAGACCGGGCGCCUCUUCGUCUCUGUCUCGUCUCUCUGGAGCCGCGCACGAGUCCUGCGAGGCGAGCGACCGCGAAGCAGAGCGGCCAGCGCGAGGCGACGCAAGCGCCUCAGGUCUCACAGAGAGAGGAAAUGGUCAGGCCUCUCUCAGUGAAUGCGAGAAUUCUCAGCAAGACGCUCAAACAUCCGCCGACACUUCUGACCGCUCCCUGUCUAUCCUCCUGACUCCGCUUCGCUACCCGUCACACGCUCCACCCGACGCAAGCGACGGGCUCAGCGUGACGGACGCGCGAUACAAACUGACCAGCUCUCUGUCCGAUCCGUAUUCGAUACCCUUGGUCUUGGCGCCCUCGUCUUGCGUUUCUGCGGCUUUCGCCUCUUCUGCUGCGUCGAAGUGCCCGUCGUCUGGCGACACGGCGGUUGCUUCUGCGUCGACCCCGUCUUCUUCCGCGUGUCUGGAGCCUUUUUCGCGCUCUGCCUCUGCGUCUCCAUCUCUUCCCACGCGCCUGUCGCCUGUCGCAUCGGCGCUUGUCACAGGCAGCGCUGAGGUCCUAACUGCGGGCAGGUCCGAGGCGCCGACUGCAGCUGGAGCCGCAGCGCUGCCUGCUGAGGACGAGACGAAUCCUCCGAGCCACGAGGAUUCGAAAAGCGAAACGUUUCGCGCAGCGGUUUCUGGGGCGUCGGCUUGCGAUGACCCCUGCGGGUCAAUGCCUGGAAACGCGGAGGAGGAAGGCGACGCAGAAGGUGGGCAAGGCAUCGGCGCGCAGGGCGAGAGGGCGCGAGAAGUCCUCCGCGGCGCGGACGGCAGGACGCAAGGGAGCUGCCGCCUCACGGGGCGAGUUGAUGCCGGGGGAAGAAACGAACGCGUCACAGCCGCCACAAGUGCCACAGCCGCCACAAGUGCCACAGCCGCCACAAGUGCCACAGCCGCCACAAGCGCCACAGCCGCCACAAGCGCCACAGCCGCCACAAGCGCCACAGCCGCCACAAGCGCCACAGCCGCCACAAGCGCCACAGCCGCCACAAGCGCCACAGCCGCCACAAGCGCCACGGGCAGAAGUGGCGAAGGCGCGGAGGAGGGGACACUCUCACGAGGGCCGUCAACGGGCUUCUCGCAUGCGGCGGGGGGUGACACGUCGGCAGCGAAGGAUGAGGGGUGCGCUGCGGCAGAAGUAUUGUUGGAUGCCUCUCGGCACGCAGCCGAGGUGUUAACCGGCGACGGCGACAAGGAAGGAGAGAAAUCGCGAACGAGAGGCAGAGGCGCGUCUCCGACGCAGCAGGGGCCGUCGCCUCCCGUGAGGCCCUCUCCUUCUGGCUCGUUGUUUGCCUGCGGCUCUUUUUCGACUCACGUGUCUGUCUCUUCUCCUCUCGUCGCAGCGGCUUCUUCCACGACUGCAUCCUCUUGUGCGUCUGCCUUUUCACUUGGGUCUUCUUCUUCUGGCGCUUCUCUUCCACCCUCGGCUUUCUCCUCGCAGGUGCCUUCUGCCGCGGCGGGGCUCUCGGACUCGCCUGCGGGAGCCUCCACUGCGUCCUCGGCGUCUGCGGGGUUGUCGGUGUCUGCGCAGCCCCGCCGCCGACACCUCUCCGCGCGUGUGGGCAGCGAGCCGCGGCCCGGGGGGCGCCUCGUCACAGUGCGAGGCGCGGACGGAGUCAUGCGGCGUCAGUCUCUCCACGUCCCGCCCUCGUCGUCGGCUCGCCCCGGGAAGUCGUGUUUCCGCCGACCGUCUGUGCCGCCCGGUCUCGACGAUGCCGCCGCCUGGGCGCCGGCCUCCACGUCCCUGAGUGCGGCGUCGUCUCCGCUCCUCCUGCCGCGCUUUGCGCUCCCUUCCGGCGCCGCGUACCUCAAAGGCGCCCCGUCGCUCUCUCGGCUCCUCCGCCGCUCGCUGAGCCUCCGCGGGAGUCGCGCGACGCGCGGAGACAGCGACAGAGAUACCGACGAGUCGCCGCGCAACGCGCGCGCAUGCGGGGGCCGGCGCGGAGAGCGAAACACCGGCGGCAGAGACAAGAACUGGCGCUGGUCUUCGUUGGCAGGCGCGUCACGCCAGGCCUCAUCUCACAGACCUCGCUGGCGCUCCUACGAAGGUGUCGCUGUCAGGCCGUGUGCAGCACUCUUCCCUGCCCGCCGGUCGCGCAGUGCCGCCUCUCCUCCGUCGUCUUCGAGUCAGGCUGACGCGCUCGCCGCGUCGUCGUGGUUUUCCUCGCCAAGCGUCUCCUCUGUCUCCUCUUCCUCGUCCCCUGCCCACACUUGCAGGCUCUUUUUCUCGCCGUUCGCUGGCGGCUCCCGACGCUGCGGCUUUCGCAGCGCUGAAGGGCGCGCGCGCGAGCCAGAAGGAAGAGCAGGCGAGCGAGACGCAAGCGAAGAAGAAGGCAAGGCUUGCCGCAGCGCGCGAGGCGACAGACGGGAAGAGGGCCCCGGGUCGCGCCUCACGCAGGAGUCGCCUUACUUCUUCCAACACGCUGUGCGUGCCGUCCAGCGGAGCCCGUCGCCGCGGCCUCUUUCGCCUCCUGAGGGCGCGACCGGGCGGUCAGCGCGGACUCGCGAAAAGAACACAACGCAGCAGGAACGCCGCCGCAGCCGCUCUUUCCUUCACCUGCCUCGGCAAGGAAAAGGCAUCUUCGACCUCUCCGCCCUCGAGCGAGGCGCCCGGUCCCCGCGCCGCGACAGCGGAGGAGACUCCGCGCCGCCUCGCGCGCGGGCGGUCUCCAGCGGCGGUGGAGGCCAGAAAACAGAAGAUGGAGAAGCCGAAGACACACGACCUCAGACGCCUGCGGACGGCGCGCCGGGAGGCGCCGAGCGAGCGCCUGGGGGGAAACAUGCGAAAGAGGCGGCGGCGGAGGCCAGCCAAGCUCAUGUGACUCGCGGCGCGCAGUCGCCCGCAGACGGAGAUGUCGACGGUGGGAGUUCGCUGGCGAGCGGCGAAGGCAUAAAAGCAAACGGUAAGCGAGAGGCCCUCGGCGACUGCGAGGACGCGACGCGAGAGUUUUCGUUUCCUUCCUCGCCUUUAUUCUGCGAGGACGGCAGACGCCGUCGCCACACGAUUGCUGUCGCGCCUUUCCUCGGCGUCGCGGAGUCCGCGGCGGACCCGUCUUCCCGCGGCUCGCCGUCGACCUCUACGUCCUUCGCCGCCUCGCCGUUCGCGUUUUCUUCCUCCCUCUCCGCUUCUCUGCCUGUCAACUUCGCUUGGCCCCACAGCGCCAACGCGCCGCGGAAGGCCUCGGGCGCGGGCGUCAGCGCAGGUCCGCAGCAGCCGCUGAUCGAGCGCGAGAGGCGAAGCACCGCGCAGGGCGAUCUGAAAAAUACUCUCUCUGCGCGAAGCGGCCGCGAGGCAGCCGCUGGGGCGGGUGCGGCUGGCGCGGCGUCUUGCGCGCAGGCGCGUGAGCGCGUGUGCGACGCAGAGAGUCCUCAGGCCUCUCCGCUCGGCCUCGCGGCGCCGCACUCCACCAUUUGGCACUUUGUUGACCUCGCCACGCCGCAUGGCAGCCACGACUAA